CGCUACUCCCGCCCUUUAUUUCUCCCCCCGCCGCCGCCCCCAACCUCCUUCUCGACAUAUAAAUGAUGAUAGUGUAAUGAGCUAUUGCUGAGUGGUUGACUAUCUGUGUAAAUCACUAUCCAGAAAUGUAUCACCACCAGCCGCACCCCGCCACCCCCAUCUCCGAUGCUGCAUUUCUAAUAAAGCGUGGCAAAACGCGGGGAAAUUAUAACUGCGGCCGCUGUGGUUUGCCUAAGAAAGGGCAUAAUUGUAAUAUACCUAAAGAUAUCAGUGGCAGCUUCACUUCCAUUUCCACACUCGCCCCCUCCGCCGCCGCAGCCGCUGAUGAUUCGAUCAUCAGUGUUAGUUCUGUAUCAGUGUCCGAGUCGGCAGCGCGCCAUCUGCCUCCUCUGGGGAGCCGGAGAGCUUUGUCGUUUGAUGAUGUCAGUGAGGCUGACUCACGGGGGGAGCUCGAGUUGGAGUGUUACGAGGGGGAGUUGGAUAUGGAUCCGGUUGCGGCGGGGAAUGUGCCAGCGAGUUGUUUGUGGGAGGUGUUGAAGAGGCUGCCGCCGGUUGGGUUGCUGUCGGCGGCGAUGGUCUGUAAGGGGUGGAGAGAAACCACGAGGAAGCUUUGGAGAGCGGCUGAGGAGCUCCGGCUUAGGGUUCCGGCGAAGGCACAGAUUGGAUUUUUUGGAUCGAUGUUGCAGAAAUGCCCUGGACUCAUUAAACUCUCUCUUACGAUGGAAAGUGAUGUGGAUGCAACAAUGCUGGCUUGCAUUGCUUUCUCCUGUCCUAAUUUGCAGUCUCUGGAGAUCUUUACAUCUGGUACCUCUGUCAAUAGGAUUACCGGGGACGAAUUAAGCCGUUUUAUCUCUGAGAAAAGAUGCCUGACCAGUCUUAAGAUGGAAGGGUGCUGUAACCUUGGGGGUUUAAUUUUUUCUUCAAUCAGUCUGUCUACUCUCUGGCUCUCAGAACUUCAUUCGCUCUCUAAGAUGGUUUUUAACUGCCCCAACAUGAAGGAGGUAUCUUUGGAUUUUUCUUGGCAAGAAAAUGAUAGCACUGAUCUAACCACUAUUGUGAAUGGUUUGGGAAUAAGCUGCCCAAAGCUACAGAACAUACACAUUGCUUCAAUGCGGCUUUCACAUGCCGUAGUGCUUGCUCUUACAGCUUCAAAAUUGAGGGGAUUGCGAAUGCUUUCUCUCGUACUUGGAUCUGAGAUCACCGAUGCAUCAGUUGCAGCUAUUGCUUCGAGCUACUCAAAGCUGGAAUUGCUUGAUCUGAGUGGGUCUAGUAUCAGUGACAGUGGCAUUGGAAUGAUUUGCAAUGUUUUUCCAGAAACAUUAUCGAAACUACUACUUGCUCUUUGCCCCAACAUAACAUCAAGUGGCAUUCAAUUUGCCACUGCUCAACUCCCUUGUCUGGAGAUCAUGGACUGUGGAAUGACCAUAUGCGAUCCUGGUCCAGAGAUCUCUAAUAAAGAGGACAAUGAUAGUGACUUGCAGAGAACUCCCAACAGCAAGUUGCACCUCAUAUACCAGAAGCUAAUUAUCAAACACAGCCGGUUGAAGAAGCUAAGCUUAUGGGGUUGCUCUGGCUUGGAUGCAUUAUACCUAAAUUGCCCACAACUUAUUGAUUUGAAUCUCAACUCUUGUAGAAAUUUACAUCCAGAGAGAUCGCUACUCCAGUGCCCCAAUUUAGAAAGUGUGCAUGCAUCAGGCUGCCAAGACAUGUUGGUGAAGGCCAUUCAGAAUCAGGUCUCCUACGACUUUUCAGCUAUGGAGGAUCAUUUUCCUGUCAAACGCCUACCUGAUGGCUCCAAAAGAGUCAGCGUCCCGUAUUUAUUCAGCCCUCGGCCAUGUGAUGAGAAGGAACGAUCGAGGGCUAGGAAACGCCUCUGUGCUGUGAUUUCGACGCCAAAUUACGCACCUUGACACUGUUUUUAUUACUCCAGAAUUGGAGCACGUACUUGUUUGUCGUUCCAAUCUAGAGGCGUGUAUGUUGCCUCAACAGUUCAAAUUAUCGGUUAAUUCCUUAAUUUUGCUUCUAUCAACAAAUAAGAAACAGAUUACAAAUAAUGAAGUUUUCAGACGACAAUUUUAUCCAUCGACUUA